AGUCAGUGCACACUGCAGGGUUCGCACUUAGACAGAAAAAUAGCAUUUUCUUAGAGAAAUGAUGGCUGAAGCCGGUGUGACCAAGCUAGACGUCUCUGUAUUAAACGCUGAGCAGCAAGAGAAACUGCGACAGUUUAAGAUCAAGACGAGAAUCGACAACGAAAGGUAUUUGAGGUCGCAUCCUGAAGUAGACGUACUCAUAGGCGACUUUCUAAGGGAUGUGCUUCAUAAACGGCCAGCUGACAUCCGUGAGUUUGCUGCAGAUCACUUCUCAAACCCAAACCUUCAAGAAACUAUUCUCCCCAAAAUGGAAGGAAACAGCGACAUGAACUGAAACACUUCCAACAACUUCACCUAUGUUUUCUCUAUAUUGAGAAAAAAAUAUAUGGACUCUAUGUUUUUUGGAACAAUGAUGCUGCUUAUUUACUAAUCAAAAGCCUUAAAUGUAUAAUUACCUUGAUUUACCUUGUGUGGUAUUAAAUAUUUUGUCAC